AUGGCAUUAAAAUACGCCUAUUUCAUAUCACGGAGGAAUUUAUUCCUUUCAUUGAAACAGUUGGCAAAUUUAAAGGAAUAUCAGGAAAAACGUCUUGUUGGGUACACUGCAGAGGAGAUGUUCAAUAUCGCAGCAAAUGUAUCCGAAUAUCCUCAAUUUGUACCAUGGUGUCAAGGUGCCAGUGUUGCAAAACAUUCACCAAAUUUGUUUACUGCUCGGCUGAAGAUCGGCUUUCCGCCUGUUUGUGAAACGUAUACGUCUCGAGUUUCUACCGUAAAACCAAGUAUAGUUCGAUCUGUCUGUACCGACAAAACGCUAUUCAAAACAUUGGAAUCGACAUGGCAGUUUAGUGCAGGUCAAGUUAACAAUACUCGUUCUUGUACUCUAAUAUUUAGUCUUUCUUUUGAAUUCCAUUCAAUGUUUCAUACCGUUCUUGCACAUCACUUUUUCGAUCAUGUUGUGGAAAGUAUGGUUGUAGCAUUCUUAAAAAGAGCUGAAACUAAAUACGGUCCACCGUCUUUCGAUCAUUACAAAAAUUUUAAAGUUUUAAAAAAAAUCCGGUAG